AUAAGAAUUCAAGCUAGCCGUUUUUGCAAGGAAAAGAAGAACAUAAAACUCGGACGAUCCAGAAUCGCUGACUCAUAUGAAAAGCUUUCGAGUCAAACAUCCCAACUCGCAACAGUUUUUUACAGUCGGUGAGUAGAAAGAGGCCGUAGUUCACUUGUUCUUGUUCUUCCUUAUUAGGGCACAUUUCUGUCUCAUCUUCACGCACUCAAAUAAGCAAAAUCCUCAAUCUGCUCUUCAAUGGUGAGCUUUAAACCCUAACCAGGGAUUUGAACGAGCACUAGAUCUGCAGUGGAUAGAAAUCUAGCGUUGACAUUUUUGGGGAUGAAUUGGAAUUAAGGAUUUUGCACUUUUGGAACUUUAGGGGUUGUUUUUGAUUGAGUUUUGAAUUCUGGGUUCGAUCUGAUUUAUUUUGGAUUACAGAAUGGAGCCUACGGAGGUUACAAAGAGGGGUCGAGGUCGACCAAGGAAACGGAGGCGAGAGGAGGAUGAAGCUGAUAAAAAGGCGGGUGUUGCUGUUAAGCAGGCUUUGGAAAUGAGAUGGAAGCCACUUGUGGGUAGAUAUGUAUUGAAAGAAUUUGAUGAUAAUGGAAUUUUUCUGGGGAAAAUAGUGUGCUAUGACAGUGGGUUAUAUCGAGUAGAUUAUGAGGAUGGGCAUUGUGAAGAUUUGGAGAGUGGUGAGCUACGUCAGUUAAUUUUAGGUGACGAUGAUUUUGAUCAUGAUUUAAGAGAAAGGAGGCAGAAAUUAGAUGAAUUAGUGUUAGGAAAGAGUUUAAAGAAUAAGAAGAAUUUGGAGAAGGAAGUAGUUGGUUUGAAAAAUGAGGUGGAUAGGGUUGAAACAUCCGUAUUGACUGAUUUGAGUGGUGAAACAGCAGUUGAGAAUGUUGGGACACAUGGUGAGGGUGAUGCAGAUUCCUCGAGUGAUUCAUCUGAGUAUGCGCUAGAUGGAGAUUUGGAGCCAGAGGGGGAGGUCCCAACUGUACCACCCCCGCAAUUGCCUCCAUCAUCAGGGAGUGUAGGCGUGCCAGAGGAAUGUGUUUCAUAUAUUUUCUCAGUGUAUGGAUUCCUGAGGUCAUUUAAUGUUUGCCUCUUCUUGAGUCCAUUUACAUUGGAUGAUUUGGUUGGGGCAGUUACCUGUAAUGUUCAGAAUACACUGCUGGAUGCCAUUCAUGUAGCUUUGAUGCGUGCAUUGAGACGCCAUCUCGAGACGCUCUCUUCAGAUGGUUCAGAUAUCGCAUCAAAAUGUUUAAGUUGUAUCGAUUGGAGCUUGCUGGAUUCACUCACUUGGCCUGUUUAUUUGAUCCUUUAUUUUACAGUAAUGGGGUAUGCAAAGGGACCAGAGUGGAAUGGAUUUUAUGAUGAUCUUUUGAAGAGGGAGUAUUAUUCCUUGCCAGUGAGUAGGAAGCUGAAGAUUCUGCAAAUUCUGUGUGAUGAUGUCUUGGAUUGCGCAGAGCUAAGAGCAGAAAUUGACAUACGGGAAGAAUCAGAAGUUGGAAUAGAUCCUGAUGCAGUGGCAACCAAUCUUCCUGAAAAUGGACCAAGAAGGGUCCAUCCCAGACAUUCCAAGACUUCAGCAUGCAAGGACAUUGAGGCUAUGGAGAUUAUUGCUGAAAGCCAUGGAACUAAGUCUUCUUGUAGUUCAAGUUACUUGGGUUCCAAAGGUUCUGAAGGGGAGGGAGAUGCUCCUAGUGUUGAUUUAGAUGGCAAUAGUGAUGAAUGCCGUCUUUGUGGCAUGUAUGGGACCUUGCUUUGUUGUGACAGUUGCCCGUCAGCUUAUCAUUCCAGAUGUAUAGGCGUUGUCAAAAUGCAUAUACCAGAAGGGCCAUGGCAUUGUCCAGAGUGCACAAUUAACAAACUGGGACCGACUGUUGUCAUGGGAACCUCACUUAGAGGAGCAGAAAUAUUUGGCGUUGAUUUAUACGAGCAAGUCUUCUUGGGUACUUGCAAUCACUUACUGGUGCUCAGAGCUUCUAUAGGCACUGAACCAUGUCUGAGAUACUACAAUCAAAAGGAUAUACCAAAGGUGCUGCAAGUUCUUUCCUCCUCUGUGCAGCAUAGAUCCUUAUACUUGGAGAUAUCUAAGGCAAUUGCAGAGUAUUGGAAAAUCCCAGCAAGUGUCUUAGUCCCUUACGAGACAAUGGAAAGAGGUUUAAUUAUAUCAUCUAUAAAUGAAAAUGAAAAAUGCUCAUCUUUAUCAGUUCCAUUAGCUUUCAAUGAAAGCCAUAAAGUUGCAGAUACUGGUGAGGCUGGGAAUGUGAUUAGUUUAAAUGUAAGUAAUGUAGAUAAUAUGGUAGUCUCAUGUCUUGAUGCCUUCAUCAGUACAACAAUACAAGCUCACCCUCGUGAUAUCAUAAGCAAUGGUGAUGCAAGAAAUUGCCAUCUCAUGAAUGCAAGAUUACCUGAGCAGAUUAAAGUGGAGUCUACUGGUUCAGUUAACCAGCAGAUUGAUUCAUCAGAUGCUGCUCACCAUAGUUUUGUUGACAGAUCAAGUGUGACGACAACUAGCACUUCUGCAAACAGCAACGGAAGUCACAUUGGGCAUGGGAAUGCUACUUCUUUACCAGCAAAUGCAUCAUCCCAAAGCAAGGAAAGCGAUAAUGCAGGCUUUGGAAGGGUUGAGAAAAAAAUUUUGAUGGAUAAUACUGGAUAUAUGGGCAUCUUUUUUAAGCCGUACUCUUACAUAAAUCACUAUGUGCAUGGGGAUUUUGCAGCAUCAGCUGCUGCUAAUCUAGCAGUUCUUUCAUCUGAUGAAAGUCGUGUUUCAGAGACUCAUAAAUCAGGCAAUGCUAGGAAGGUCUUGUCGGACAUUUUAUUGCAAAUAAAAGCAUUCUCAACAGCAGCCUCCCGUUUUUUCUGGCCAAGUUUUGAAAAUAAGCUUAUAGAGGUGCCAAGGGAGAGGUGUGGCUGGUGUCAUUCUUGCAAGCUCCCUUCUAACAACAGAAGGGGAUGUAUGCUAAACUCAGCUGUCUUGACUGCCACUAAAGGUACCAUGAAGAUCCUUAGUGGUCUUCGUUCUAUGAUGAGUGGAGAGGGCAGUCUUCCUAGCAUUUCAACCUACAUUUUGUACAUGGGGGAGGUUUUAUGUGGUCUUACAGUAGGCCCCUUCGUGAGCACAAGUUACAGAAAACAAUGGCGUAAACGAAUAGAAGAUGCUUCAACUUGCAGUGCAAUAAAAGGCCCCUUGCUUGAACUUGAGGAAAACAUCCGCACUAUUGCGCUUUUUGGUGACUGGGCUAAGGAAAUGGAUGAUUGGUUGUUGGAUUCUCCUGCGAUUCAAUGUUCUACAAGCACCACUGGAACCACACGAAAACGUGGGCCAGGUGGGAAGCGACAUAAGAAACAAUCUGGUAUGUCUGACAUUAGAGCUGAUUGUUGUGAUGACAAAAGUUUCGUGUGGUGGCGAGGGGGAAAGCUACUGAAGCAUGUGUUCCAUAAAGCAAGUUUUCCUCAGUCAGAUGUUAGAAGGGCAGCUCGGCAAGGUGGUUCAAGAAAGAUUUUUGGUGUGUAUUAUGCUGAUGAUACUCAACUUCCUAAAAGAAGCAGACAGAUGGUUUGGAGAGCUGCAGUUGAGAAGAGUAAGAAUGCAUCAUGGCUAGCUCUUCAGGUUAGAUACCUAGACCUUCAUGUGAGAUGGAGCGAUCUUGUUCGUCCUGAGCAGAAUAUUCAAGAUGGAAAAGGUCCAGAUACAGAAGCCUCCUUUUUUAGAAAUGCAAUCAUUUGUGAUAAGAAAACUGAGGAAAACAAGAUUAGGUAUGGAGUAGCUUUUGGGAAUCAAAAACAUCUCCCUUCCCGCAUCAUGAAGAAUAUAAUUGAAAUAGAGCAAAGUGCAGAUGGAAAGGAAAAAUACUGGUUUUUUGAAACGCAUGUUCCUCUAUAUUUGCUCAAAGAGUAUGAAGAAAAGGCUGACAAGAUGUUUUUGCCAUCAGCUAAGAAAUCUUUGAAUGAACUAUCUAAAUUACAGAGAAGACAACUGAGAGCUACCCGUAGGGAUAUAUUUUUAUAUCUUGCUUAUAAGAGAGAUAAGUUGGAGAGAUGCUCUUGUGCAUCGUGCCAACGUGAUGUUUUACUUAGGAAUACAGUGAAGUGCAGUGGUUGCCAAGGUUAUUGUCAUAAAGACUGUACUGUAAAUUCAACAAGUUUUAUGAAUGAGAAAGUUGAAUUCUUGAUUACCUGCAAGCAGUGUUACAAUGCCAAAGCUGUUGCUCAUGAAACUAGUAAUGAGUCUCCAACUACUCCCUUGCCCUUUCAAGGGAAAGAAUCUCAUAAUAUACUGACAGCCACCAAAGGCACAAGGAUUAAACUUCGUAAUCAACCAUUAAUAUCUAUCAGAGCCCAGGAGAGUAGUUCUGAGAUGAAACAAACUACUGUUUCUGGUCUGGCAACAAAAAAGAAAACUAGAUCAUGCAGUUGGGGUGUCAUUUGGAAGAAAAAGAACACCGACACAGGAAUUGAUUUCAGGCGUGAGAACAUUCUUUUUAAGGGCAAUUCAGAGAGGUUGAAGCCUGUUUGUAAUCUUUGCAAAAAGCCAUAUAAUCGUGAUCUGAUGUAUAUCCACUGUGAAACUUGCAACAGUUGGUUUCAUGCUGAAGCUGUAGAACUUGAUGAGUCAAAACUUCCAAACGUUGUGGGCUUCAAAUGCUGUAGGUGUCGUAGAAUAAAAUCACCCAAGUGUCCUUAUGAUGAUAAUUUUGAAGGUGAGAAGACAGUGAGCCAUAAGCAAUGUGAGAGGGUGUUAAAGAAAGGAUAUAUAGGCGUUGGCUAUGAUUCUGGAACUGUUGCUGAAUCUAAAGAGUGUGAACCCAUUACUCUGAUGUUUCCUGUGGAGGAGUUGUUGGUACAAGAUGAUGAUCCUCUACUUUUCUCUAUUUCAAGAGUUGAGCAAAUUACAAAGGACAACUCUAGAUCGGAGCUUGAAUGGAACGCUGCUGGACAGGGGCCACAGAAACUACCAGUCAGAAGGCAUACAAAGCCUCAAAUAACUGCUGAAGGUAUGUUUGAGAACAAUCAUCACAUUGAAUCGUCUGUGCCUGUUGGUAGGAAUAACCUCAUAAACCCUAAAGAGGAAUUACCUUCUUGUGUGGAGUGGGAUGUUUCCACUAAUGGCCUUGAAAGGGAGGUUUUUGAAGGUCUGAACUACGAGGAUAUGGAGUUUGAACCGCAGACAUACUUCUCCUUUACAGAGCUGUUGGCAUCAGAUGAUGGUGACCAGUUGGAUGGAUUUGAUGCUUCAGGGAAUGUUUUGGGGAACUCUGAAAAUCAGGUUUGUACAGUUUCACAGGAUGGGUUUCCUGAACAGUGUGCAAUGGAUAUUUCUGGUGAUCAGCAGGAACCAAUGAUUGCUUCCAAAUCAACCAUUAAUACUAAGCAGUGUAAGAUGUGUUCACACUCAGAACCAGUCCCUGACCUUUCAUGUGAGGUUUGCAACUUAGUGAUACACAGUCAUUGUUCUCCUUGGGUUGAGUCCUCAUCUCCAGAAGGCACCUGGAGUUGUGGUAAUUGCCAAGAAUGGCAGUAGCAAUAUUGUUGCCUUGUGGCUGUGGGGUUUCAGGUUUUUUGGUUGGACGCAGUGAUGCAGAUGCUUAUACAUUGGACAACGUUUGUGAACUAAACCUUAGUCGACUCUUCAUUAUUAACAGGCAAGAAGAUGAUGAACCAGUUUGAUUCUUCAUUGCUGACGCAGCUGGGGAUGCUUUCGUAAAAUGCGCAUUGGAGUUGAGGGCGCCCCUCUCUUGCAUUGCCAGAGUUGAUGAUGCUUCAGGGCAUAGUUCUCCCCCAUAUUCCUACUUACAGAAUCAGUCCUUGUGAAGUCCCGACCAUUUUUUACUCGGGUUUUUUCAGAUAACGGCACAAAUUGGUUCGCUUCACAGCCUCACAGAUGGUCCCUUAAUGGGAGAUAAGCAGGAUUUUUUAGUUGUGCUUAUCUGAUUACCUAGCUUGUAUAGAUCACAUUGCAACCCAAAUUUUUUUAAGAUAAGGUUGAAAGCAUGAUUUUACCAUUAUUUUAGCGGACCUUUUUCCCUUGCAAAUGUGUCUAAAUAAAGCAAAUGAUUAGGUCUGGACGUA